ACUUUUAGUCCUGCAUAUAUUGAGAAAAAGUACUCUUGACAAAAAACAUUGACAGAAAAAAUGGGAGAGAUGUCAAAUUUCCAAUUGGGUGUUAUUGGUGCAUUGUUUCUCUCAGUAGCUUCAUCUGUCUCCAUUGUCAUCUGCAACAAAGCCUUGAUGAGCAAUCUUGGCUUCCCCUUUGCCACAACUCUUACUAGUUGGCAUUUGAUGGUGACAUUUUGUACCCUUCAUGUGGCUCAACGUCUAAACUUGUUCGUGACCAAAUCCAUUGACAUGAAGACCGUUAUGCUUUUUGGAUUUUUAAAUGGUGUUUCCAUUGGUUUUCUCAACUUGAGUCUUGGCUUUAAUUCUGUUGGAUUUUAUCAGAUGACAAAACUUGCAAUCAUACCAUUCACUGUAAUAUUAGAAACCAUUUUUCUAAACAAACAAUUCAGCCAGAAAAUAAAAUUAUCACUAUUCCUAUUACUAGUUGGAGUUGGUGUUGCCUCAAUCACUGACCUUCAGCUCAAUUUUAUGGGAACCAUUCUUUCCCUUCUAGCAAUCAUAACAACAUGUGUUAGCCAAAUUGUAUCCUUAAUAUAUAUAUUAGCUACCAUAUAAUUUAUUUAUUGGUGUUAAAUGCAUUGCUCAUUGAAU